AUCACAUCCUAUGGCUGGUUCUGAGGCCAUCCAGAAGCCAGAACCCCAUCAGAGGAACUGGAAAGUAGAGAGUGGACUGCAGGGUUUGGAACGAAGUGCGGACUGCCUGUAGCAAAGAAGGCGGGAGGGAGGAAAGGAGGAGGGCAGUAGGGAGCUGAGGCCCCACCUAUCAUUCCAGCAAAGUGCAGCAGCGGAGCAGGGGUGAGUCAGAGGCACUGGAGCUCAGCCUCCCAGUAGGUGAGGGGCUGGCUCUUCUCUCCGGGGAGCAGCGCGGUUCUGUUCUUACCGGAGUGGCCUUGGCAGGCUGCUGGAGCCCUCGGUCUGCCCGGUCUGGUCUCCGCGGCCAGGGCUGGGUUCCCUCAUGUAUGGCAAGAGCCCUUCGCGUGCUGGGCUGCUUCUCCUUGGCAUACAGCUCACAGCCCUUUGGCCGAUAGCUGCGGUGGAAAUUUACACCUCCCAAGCGCUGGAGGCUGUCAAUGGGACAGAUGUUCGGUUAAAGUGCACUUUCUCCAGCUUUGCCCCCGUGGGUGAUGCUCUGACGGUGACCUGGAACUUCCGGCCUCGAGAUGGGGGGCCUGAGCAGUUUGUAUUCUACUACCACGUGGAUCCCUUCAAACCCAUGAGCGGGCGUUUCAAGGAUCGGGUGGUGUGGGACGGGAACCCUGAGCGGUAUGACGUCUCCAUCAUCCUGUGGAAGCUGCAGUUUGAUGACAAUGGGACAUACACCUGCCAGGUGAAGAACCCACCUGACGUUGAUGGGCUGAUAGGAGAGAUUCGGCUCAGCGUCGUGCACACUGUCCGCUUCUCUGAGAUUUAUUUCCUGGCCCUGGCCAUUGGCUCUGCCUGUGCACUGAUGGUCAUAAUCGUAAUCGUGGUGGUCCUCGUCCAGCAUUUCCGGAAGAAACGAUGGGCUGAGAGAGCUCAUAAAGUGAUGGAGAUAAAACCAAAAGAAGAGGAAAGGCUCAAUCAAGACAAAAAGGUCUCCAUUUAUUUAGAAGACACAGACUAACAUUCUUAGAUGGAAGCUGAAGAUUCCCAAGAACAAGAACCCUAGGAUAAGUUGAAGUUAAUGGAAGAUUUCUUUGGCUUUUCCAGUUGUGACCUGGCUUCCAACCAGCUCUGCUGUACAUAACCAUCUCGAGGAGCAACAUCUCUCUGGAGCUGGCGUAGGGCCCUUUUGAGCAGAUAUCAGACUCACACACAAACUAUUACUAAGGUUUUAUUUAAUUUCAAAGUGCAAAUAUUUUUCAAAUGCUCAUUAUUAGCCUUUUGUACUAAGAAGCUAUAUUUUUGCCCUUAGACACUCCUUGUGGAUGAUUAAUUGUACACACAUACAUUGGUAUCCAAUGAGAUGAAAGCCAACGUGUCUGUCACGACAUUUCCUUUAACAUGUUAGUUUCUUUAGAGUAGUACUUUUGCUACUAAAGUUAAUGUGUUUACUCUUUCCUUUUCACUUUUAAUUAAAAGUGAGCUAAUUCUCCCAGCUAUUUUUGAUUGAUUAACAGGAAAUCUUAAAUUCAAACUGUUAAAGAACAAUUUGAUUUUUUUGUGGCUAUCCUUAAGGAUGGGACACAUCUUGUUUUAUUAACUUUCUUUCAGUAUCCCAGAUGAUGUUUGUUUUUUGUUUUGUUGAUCCAAGUUUUAUAAUAGCACAAAUCUAAAUUACAGAGUAGCUAGAAAAGUUUAUAAAUGCUUGUAGAUUGACAAGUGCCACCCCAGGAUGAAUUACUUGUCACCUUUUUUUUCUGUGUUGUGAAAAACAACCCAUAAUGCAGGUUUUUCAUGAGCAGUGACUGCUGCUUAGCUUACUACUACUCAGUUAUUUUAUAACAACAGAGCAAAAUCUAUGCUCACUUGAAGAAUGGAAUCAUUAAGCAGUUACAUGGGAGGAUUCUGAAAUAGUAAAUUAUGACUGUAAAAAUUUAGGGCUGGUGAAAAAAAUCAACCUUAAGUGAUGAUAAUUUUGUACAAUGUUAUAUAAAAAGCUCUGAGAACUGUAUGAUAUUAUUUAUUUUCUCCUUUUCUUUAUCUUAUUUUAUUUUGCUUUAGUUUACUUCCUUACUUUGUGGGAGGGAAGAUUUGGUAUGGGGCAAAGAAAUACCAAAACUAACAAUAUGAAACUAACUUUGUUUUUUUCCUUUAUACUAGUAGAGAAAACAAACUUUUUAAGUGGGCUUCAGAAAGAAGAGUGCUUUUUAAAGUGUUUAAUCUCCCCAGUGUCUUUACAAACCUAAGCUAUAGCAGCAUUUAUUCAAAAUGUACAAAACUUCUGAAAGUUUAGUUGCCCUUCUCCCCCAUCUUUAUAGUCUAAUAUUUUCGGGUUUUAUUGACUGGGCCAAAAGUGUUCUUUCUUUUAACAAACUGGAAUUUUCAGAUGGGUUACCUGUAUUUAUACAUGCUGAACUUUGAUUUUUUUUGAGUAUUUUUAAAAUAAUUGGUACAAUUUACACAUGAACCUUGAUUCUGAAUUCAUUCCGUACCUGUCUUAUUUUGUCUAUUACACUGAAAAGUAGUUUUAAUACUUAAUUUUGAAACUAAAAGUUAGAUUUAAGGUUUAUGCUAUCUUUAACUCACAUUUUCUACUUUUCUCCAUAAUUCAACCUUUGAAAAUAACAUAUUUUUUCCAAACAGUUGGCUUGGAUGAUAUUCUGUAAGUGUAAUGAAGAAGUGGUUAAAAACUCAUGGAAAGUCUUUUCCAGUAAAACUCGUAGCUUGUGUCUUGGCUAAAUAUUAUUCAGGGGUUAAUAUGACCCUGUUGUUCAGUAUCUUCUUCCUAAAUAUAACUUUUGUAUUGUAAUUUAUUUUUUAUUGUGCCUUAAACACAUGUGUAAAUAACCUUUAGUAAUAAAGAAUUAUCAGUUA